AUGGCAACCCUCAACGGCACUCACUGGAACGAGACUACCACAUCCAUUUCCCAAUAUCUGGGCUUCCAAGUGCAAAAAAUUUACCCUUUCCACGACAACUGGAACACUGCCUGCUUUGUUAUACUGAUCAUAUUCAUCUUCACUGUGGUUUCUCUGGUGGUGUUGGCUUUCCUCUACGAACUGCUGGACUGCUGCUGCUGUGCGAAAAACAAAACUGUGAAAGACUUGGAGAACGAGCCCAAUCCCGUCAGAGCAAUGAUGAACAGCUUCAGGAAGCGUCAAACAGAGGUGGUGUAG